AUGAACUACGAACCAAAUUUGUCAGUUAGUAAUUUAGAUAUCGAUAAUAUUGAUAAGAUAUACGAGGGCUAUUCGGAAAACAAGCUGUACGCGGCCGCGCCCGUGCCCGACGCCGCUUGGCCCGCACCCAUGCCUGACAUGCCCAAGAUCAUCUCACUCGACGUCAAGUGCGAGCGCGACCUCAUGAAGGUGUACCUGGGCUUCGACAAGCCGUUCUACGGCAUCGUGUUCAGCAAGGGCCACUACAGCAACGUGAACUGCGUGCACCUGCCCGCCGGCCUGGGCCGCAAGGCGGCCACCUUCGACAUCAGCAUCCACUCGUGCGGCACCGCCGGCAACUCCGAGAACGGCCUCUACGGCUACGGCGCCGACUCCGGCUCCGGCACCUACUUCGAGAACAUCAUCGUCGUCCAGUACGACCCGCAGGUGCAGGAGGUGUGGGACCAGGCGAGGAAGCUGCGCUGCACGUGGCACGACCAGUACGAGAAGUCCGUCACGUUCCGGCCCUUCCCCGUCGACAUGCUCGACGUCGUCAGGGCUGACUUCGCGGGAGACAACGUCGGCUGCUGGAUGCAGAUACAGGUGGGCAAAGGACCGUGGGCUUCCGAGGUGUCUGGGCUGGUGAAGAUCGGCCAGACGAUGACGAUGGUACUGGCCAUCAAGGACGACGACUCGAAGUUCGACAUGCUGGUGAGGAACUGCAUGGCGCACGACGGCAAGCGCGCGCCCAUCCAGCUGGUGGACCAGAAGGGCUGCGUCACCAGGCCCAAACUCAUGUCGCGCUUCACCAAGAUCAAGAACUUCGGCGCCAGCGCCUCCGUCCUCUCGUACGCGCACUUCCAGGCCUUCAAGUUCCCCGACUCGAUGGAGGUGCAUUUUCAGUGCACCAUCCAGAUAUGCCGCAACCAGUGCCCCGAUCAGUGUUCCGAGGCGCCGCCGCUGGCGCUCUACGGGGCCGACACCAUCUACGGUAAACCGCGCCCGCCGCCGCAGCCCCUGGAGGCGUACCUGAACGCCGCGGGCGCGGCGCGGCCCCGCGACGAGCGUCGCGUGCGCCGGCAGCGGCGGGAGGUGCCGCCCCACGAAGCGCGCCGCCAGCAAGACGCCUCCGGCUCGACGCCGCCCCCGGAGAAGUCGGUGGGCGUGAACCGCGUCAUCCGCGUCGUGUCGACCGGCGACCUGACGUUUCCGCUGGACGAGGCGGCGGCGCGCCAGCAGGCCAUCCCCGUGGCCGAGGGCUCGACGGCGGGGGCGGGGGCGGGCCCGGACAGCGAGCCGGCGCCGCACCACCUCAUCUGCAUGACGACGCCCGGCUUCGCGGCGACGCUGGUGGUGCUGCUGGCCGUGCUGCUGGCGUCGUGCCUGGCGUCGGCUCUGCUGUGCGUGCGCCUGCGCCCGCUGCUCGCCGCCGCCCACAAG